GUCGAAGGAAGGCACGCCAUCCCAGCCACCUUCUUCACCUUGCUGCGACGGCUGCUGUGUUCAGUCGAGCGCUUCUUCCUUUACGUGAUCCUUGCGCAACGCUCGUUCAGCCCUCGAGCGAGCAACGGGCACCGCCUUUACCCCACCGCUUAUCAAUCUGCAAUCUUGCGUGCAGCCAUCAAUAAACACGGCCGGCUGACCAAGGCACCGGGUCCCUUCGCUUCUGCUGUGUACUCGCUAUAUUCUUGCUGGAUGUGCUCCUCUCCUCGCUGCAUCUUUCGUUACACACAGACAUCGUCAUCGUCGAGGACGUGCCUUGUUUCAUAUCUCGGUCAGCACCAGCUACGCCUGCCUCUCCGGGCUGACUCGACACAGUCGCGCGACUCCUUAAUCAGGGGAAACUACACAUAUUACCAUGUCUUUCAGCGACUCGGAAAUCGAUUUGGUGAGCUCGCAGCUGGAGCUGGGCAACGACGACAUCCCUGAGGAACCCGACAUGCUCCCCUCAGACGACGCUGGCGACGGCCAGACAUGCGCUCCUCCACCACGAAUCGCCGCACGCUUCUACAGACACUCGAACAACCGCCGAAAAUCGUCCGCGACGUCAUCCCGCCGCAACUCGCUCUCUUCGACCCACUCUCACACCUCGAACCGCUCCACCAUACGCAACAGCUGCCAGAGCCACCACAUUGCCCAGCAUCUCCGCCGCGUAUCGAUCCUUGAAACCCGCAAAGCUCGAUUGGCUGACCGAGCGGCCCAUGCUGAGCAGGUUCGUUUGCGCGCCGCAGCGGCCAAGGCGACACCACGUGUUUCGAACAGCGAAGAGAAAGCGUUGGCUGCCAAAGAGGCCCGCGAAAGGCAUCUCGCACAGGUGGCAGCAUCAUGCGCCGAGGAAGUACGCAGGGCCAAGAAGAUAGCAGAGGACAUGAAAGAGCGCAAGGCCGCCGAAGAACGCAGAUACCGCCUCGAAAUGGAGGAAAAACAUGCCGAGGCAGAAAGGAGGCGCUUGGAGUACAAACGCAGCCCUCGCAGGCCGAGAACUGCGAGCUCGCCUCCCGCUGAUGCGAAGAAAGCCACCCAGCAACCACCCGCACCAACUUCUGAGGACGCCGCAAAACGCAUUCAGUCUGCAUGGAGGGCGAGAACUAGGAAGAACAUCGUCGAUGUAUGGCUGGAGACUGGACUUUCAAUCGAGAAGAUCAGCAGCACAAGUUUUGAGGCUAUCACUGCCAUGCUUGCUGAUGAGAAGCUCCUGAAGAUGACCGAGAAGGUCAUGGAACUAUUCGUUCUGCUACCAGACCCAGACCCAGCUGCCCGCAGUACAGCUGUUCGAACAUUCCUCUCUUCGUAUCUUAUUCUAGGGCACCCUACGAACGUGCUGAGCCGCGACGGCGAUCAGGAGCAGGAUCUCAUUACCAAGGCUAAGGAUUUGGUGCUCUCCUUCGAAUCAGCUUUUGGAAAACUCACAACCUUCAACUACUAUACUCCUUCGCCUACCAGGACCGAGACGGUGUUGUUGGCUCACAGCGCCUUUGUGACGGCCUUCAAUGACUGGAAAGCUCGCGAUUCAUCUGCUCUUGUCGAGACCAUGGUCGCGUCUUUCGUUAGUCUCGAUGAGAUUUGGCAGAGCGUCAAAGAUGCAACUGUUGAAGAGGUUGCGAACGAGUACAGGACAGGCAUUCGAGACAACCAAGCCAUCUUGCUCAGCAGGAUCAAGAAGCUAGCAGGACCAGACAAGGCAUUGACCUUGAUUCGCAAGGCUAUUCGGGAAGGUCGCAGAUCAAGACCCAAGAAGCGACCUGCUGGAGAGACGGUCCGACCGCGAGUCGCUGUCGAUGUGUCUUCUGGCUUGCCUAUUGAGGGCGAGAGUGCCGCCAUGCAAGCUGAGGCCGCCUCUGAGCUUGCUGCUUCUGGUCAAGCGGCACGUGUUGGAUCUGCGACACAAGGUCACCAGGCUCAGUCAUUGUCAAAAGUCUUCACUGUCGUGCCAGACAAUCGUGUGCUUGUUCACGAGCUGUCCGUCGACAAAGAGUACCGCAUCGAUGCAUCGCCAACUGCUGACCUGAGAGAUGCUCUCAACCGCGAGUUGUGCGACGCCAUGUGCAAAGGCUUCGAGGACGGUGACAGUGCGCAAUGGACAGCCGCCAUGGCAGAGAAUAUUCGUGCGAAGCUGUUGCGCCUGUUGAAGGCAGGGAACUCGAUGCAUACUCUGAUCUCAGAGACCUUGGAUCUAGAUCACAUCAACAAGCAGUGCAGUCAAGGGUUGUUCUCAUAUGAGAAGUUCUUCGGUUUCAUCGCCAAUAUUCUGCCUAAGCUCUGUGCUCCCUUCCGGGACGCUCAGGUCAAAGAGUUGGCGGAUGAGCUACAGAAGGAGGGCGAGCUCGCUGAGAUGGUGGAGAAGUUAUUCAAACUUCUGCACGUUAUCGACCUCCUAUCGCUGGACUACUCGAACUUCCUUCUUAUGAACGCUGCGCCAACUCUGAUCAAGGAAGCCACUGGGUACGAGCAACGCAUGUUCGCACAGGACCUGGAAGAGGGCAGUAUCACUUUGGAACGUACACGGCGCUGGUGGCGUAGUGCAGCUAUCAACAUGCAUACCGAAGCAGAUCGCCGUGACCCUUGGGCCCAGCAUAACCCCAUGAACCGACCAACAGCACACAAGAUCUACGCUCGCGGCCUCAUUGACCUCGCAAUCUCUGUUCCACCACUUCGAGACUCUGAGCUCCCAGAGACUCUUGCGCUAGACCGAGCUCGUAUCUCCCGUAUUCGCGAAGAUGCUCUGCGUAUCACCACCAUUGGCGGCAUUUUGCUUACAGCCAAGAACCUCCUCAAGCGUGACGUCCGCUCGCAAUGGAAGCCUCAAGCAACUCGUAUGUGGGAGGUCCUGAAGGAUGGCUACAUGAAGGAUCCCACCACUCCUUUGAAGAUCUCCUCUCUGCUUGAGUCUUCCCACAAUAUGCCGCCCUCCACCCGCGCACAGCUGUCCUCCACAGUUACUCGCCUCUUGACUCAAGCCGAAUCUGGUAAGCUUUCCGAUCCGGUCACCAAGGUCCUCUUCCAGCGCCUCAAGACGCACAUCUUCAACCGCGUGUCAGCUAGCAGCUCAGGCGAACGUGUCAAGGCCGCCAGUACAGCCACUGAAGGGCUUGCAACGACCGGUCUUGCAGAGUUUGUACCUCAGGUUGCUGAUAUAUGCGAGCAACUAAGCAAGGUUGGAGAAGUUGACCGCAAGGCGCAUGGCAAGUGGUAUGAGGAGAUCGCUGAGCAAAUGGAGAACGAGCCACUUGAGGGCGAGGGGGAGGAGCUGACGAGGAGUGAGAGCGGUGGCUCUGCUGCUUCAGGUUCGUCUUCGUGAGCGAGCAGUCUGUUCUUUCUACGCUUUCUUUCCAUGGAAACGGGACUUGGAUGUACGGCGUUUGCAUCUGUCACUUUUCUGUACACAGUCUGUUCUCUUUCCUGCUUGUGCCACAUUCAUACCCGUUCUGGUUCGGUGCGUUCUGCAUGGCGUUGGGGUGGUCUUUCUGUGUGGUAGCACUAUACAUGGGUCUCAAUGGCUUGUCAUCUUUCAUUGUUAUGGAGCACGCUAAUUUGGAAGGCGAAUAUAUGAUGACUGGGAUGAUGCUAUUCUAUCAGCAGGAAACAGUGCAUGGAUGUGAAGCAAUGAUACGUGUAAAUCGACUAUCCCGGCAGAUGCAACGUAGCUAUAACACCGAAACUCAAUCGCUGAUGUGAAUGCUCACUCCUGUAGUCCCCUUGUACAUGCAAUCACCAUUCUUGGUAAAUU